UAUGCCUACUGAAUCAAUCAAAUACGUGGUUUCGUUUUCAUCUCAGCUCACCAACCUGGUUUGGAAUAAGGAUGAGAAACAUCCAGUCAGCAACUUGAUCAAGGGAGAUGGCUUCAAGAAGUGGCUCUGUCAUCCGCAAGAACGUUCAGGACAAGUGGAAGCUAUUUUCCAGCUGGAAAGGCCAUGCAUCAUCUCAUACAUAGAUCUGGGAAGUUUAUGGUGUGCUACCAUUGAAAUCCAGGUUGGUUGUUCAGAAUGGCCUGCAGGUCGGGAAUAUGAAACCCUGGCUUAUACCGUCAACCUCAUGACUCCUUCAGACAGCAUGCAAAACAAAAACCCAAACAAAACACAGAUGUUCUCACCAGACAUGUUCUGUCCUGAGAUAGCAAAGAGGUCAUGGGACAGGGUGAAGGUUGUAUGUCGUCAGCCGUACAAGAAGCUCACCCAGUUUGGGCUCUCCUUUAUCCGUGUGCGGUCAAAUUCCACACCCACUGGGGCUGGUACAACGGGCCUUGCGGUCAACUGUGCUGAGAACAAAUCUGCUUCUGUUAAAGACAUUCAGAGACACUUCCUGGGAAAAUUAGAAAAUGGGAAGAACAAAAACAAUGACCCUCUGAAAUCCCGCCUAUUGAAGAUAGCAGCCAGCUCGGAGAGUGGUUCUGAACACGAUGACUCCCUGUCUCGCACAGCAAAACUUGUCCUGGCGGCAUCAGCCAUCAAAACAAACCCCUUUCUCAACCCUAGCCCUACUGGUAAAGGGGAGAGACCAGCUAUGUACUCCAGCCAUAUGGAACAGAAAUCUGCACCAAAGUUGGAUGAGGACAUAGCAGAGUUCCUGGCCAGUUACCCUAUAGAUAGAACACAGCUGGACACCAUCACUAUCGCAGAUCUCAGACACAAGUUUGAAAAACAGAAAAGACGAAAGUUGACCAAAGAUGAAAAGAAGAUCUUCAUCAAGAUGACACAAGAUUUUAUCAUGGAAUUGUUUAAAGAACAGACAAAUGAGUGUCCGGGGAAAGAAAAUGAAAAAUCAAAUGUGGAUAGUGAAACAAGAGCACCAAAUACUGUUCAUUCUAGUAAAGAUGAAAACAAAAAUCUGAAUGCAGAUCAACAUUCGUCGAUUAGGAACACGAAUCCUGUUGAAGUGAAAUCUGCUAAACAAUGCUCAAGUGAUACAGCACCUCAAAGAGCUGAAAUACUGAAUGUGCCAAGGGACAGAACUCCUAGCACCAAAAGAAAACUAGAAACAGAUGUAGUUACUCCCCCUGCAAAGAAACCAACUGGAAUGAGACAACAAAUGAAGAGUGUUGAAAAACAAAUAUGUGUAAUUGAUAAGAAAGAUAUUAUGAAUGACAUAAAGAAAAGCAAAGGCAUCUUUGAUCCAUUAAAAAACUGCACUUCUACGCCGAUUAAUGUACCUUUUCAAUACAAGGGCCUUAGAGGAAGUGACAUUGAUCUCGAUUCAUCUUCCAUGUUUCCAUCACCUAGUAGCGCAAAGAAUAACAAAAUCAACGCCGUCUCAGUUUGUGAGUCUCCUACAAAUGGAUGGUUAAACACCUCCAGAGGCCCCAAUAUCUCUAACUGCUCUGAUAUCCAGUCCACUUCAAUGUGCCAGAAGUCUAAUGUUUCAGGCAAGUCAACUCCAAUGAGUCAAAAAUCUAAUGUUUCUGACAAUGUGAUUAAAACAUCUUUCAAUUCUUCUGGAAUGAAGAAACCGUCAUUUCUGGAGCUGCUGUCAAGCAGUGACGACGAUGAAGAUAUCUUGCAGGGUUUGGAGGCAGCUAUGAAGAAAGGCCAGCGUGGCAGGGGGCGUGGUCGUGGGAGAGGAAGGGGCAGGGGCCGAGGAAAACAUUCUUCAUCAAAUUCAAUUCACCUGGAUGACGAUGAUGACCUUGACUUUCCCUCACCACAGAAGAGAGGCCGUGGCAGAGGGCGGAGUAGGGGUCGGGGUACAGGUAAAAAAUCUGCAUCUGCUAUUGACCUUGAUGACAGCGAUGACCUUGGCUUUUUGUUGCCAGGCAGCAGAGGGCGUGGCACGGGUAGAGGGAGGGGUCGUGGAGCUAAGAGGCGAAAGACGAUUUGUGAAGCUCCAACACCAAUAGACAAUGAUGUGAUAGUGGCAUCUGAGAGUCCGAAUCUGCCAGCAGUCCCGCGAGGGUUCUCCCGCUGUCCAGGAUGUCAAGAUUUCUUUGGAGAAAGCCUGUUGGGAGCCCACAAGAUUCGAUGUCCAGCCUUGAAGUCAAGCCAACCUGCGUCUGGAGAGAAAGCAACACCAGACUCUAGUUUAUGUGCAGGAAACAUGUCCGCAAAGCAGACAUCAACUUGGACAAGGGAAGUUCGACCAACUAGUUUUGAAAAAUGCAGUGGCUGCAAUGAGCACUUUGCCGCAUCAUCCCUGUCUAUGCACCAGACAAAAUGUAAACGAUGGCAGAUUUUGAAUGGCAACCAAACUAAUCCAACAAGUCCAGCGACAGAGAAGGUAUUGGCCAAUCAAAACGCUACCUGUACAGGGCAGAAACUGGGCUCAGGUUUUAAGGGCUCUGAAUCACCAACAAUAUCUGGGAGUGAGUCCGCCAGCGGAUUAGAAUCGCCCCCAUGGCUCCAGGCUGCUGAAAGGAGACUUCAACGGCAGACAUCGGGGAAAACUGACACAGUUUGUAGAAACAGUGAGAGUAAUGGUACAUGCAGCUCUCUUGUGAACUCCGAUAUGACGAGUCCGGUAUUGGAGUCUCAACAGUUUAUGUUGGAAAAAUAUAGCAGGAAUUCCCUGCAGACCAGUAGUACAGUAGUUCAGAAUCAUAAUAGAAGUCAAUCUAGUCAGAGUCUGUCAGUGCUGGGAAACAAUAGUGCAAGCAGUGUAGGUCAAAGUACCAGUCACAGAGGAUCACAGUCUAGUCAGAUAGGUUCAGCCAGAGGGCUGGGUUACAGUGCAAUCAGUGAUGAUGGUGGGAUUACAGAAUCCUGUGUAACUUCCAAUUCAAAUUAUUCCGUAGCUAGUAGGCAGCCUUGGAACCAACCAGGUGCAGGAGCCGCAGAGCCCCAGGGAGAAGUUCAAGUAGAGUGCCCCCUGUGUGCUGACUUGUACCCAACAUACCUUAUAGAGAUGCAUGCAGCUGUAUGCAGUUUAUAGAUGACUUUAUAUACUAGUAAACUAUUGCUGGGUUCACUCCUAUCUUUAUGUACAAUUAAUGAAGUAGUUCAAUUAAUGCUGGGAUGGAUCCGACAUUAUUUUUUGGAUAAAUGCAUGUUUUAAUAUGUUUAUAUAUGUCUUAAAAGAGUUUGAAAGAUUUAACAUAACUUGAUCUGCUUUUGCUGUUGUGCUUUCUGUUAUGCCGUCUUGUUUUAUUUUAUAUUUGGAUGAAGCUUCUUUAUUAACGCAACAUGAUGCUGAUGUUCCAGUUGUUACGCCUGUUGAGUACAUGGUCCAUGUGUUUUGCUGGAGAUCUUAUGAGGUAUUCAAAGGACAUUUAAUGAGUUGAGGCAAUGCAGUAGACUCUGUCAUUGCAAAGACCUAUAUACACAAACCUUUGGACAAAUUUUAUACAUCUUCCACCUCACAAGACAUACUUGUUACAGUUAAAUAAUCAUUCAAACGUAUCAACUUUUGAAUUAUAUUAUUUCCCCGCUAAU